UACAAGUUACGACUUGCAUCGGUCGGUAUCCUGAGUUUAAAGUACUUAUUUGACCAAAAGGAGUUAUGCAUGAGGCAAACAAGAUGGAUGAAUUUCAUAAAUGAUUACAAUUUUGCAGUACAAUAUCAUUCCGAAAAGACAAAAAUAGUUGCAAAUGCUGAGUAGAAAUAUUACAUAUGACAACAAUGCUUUGAAUAGUUGCAAAUACUCUAUCUGUGAACAGAGCUUGGUCAAUGUAUUUUUGUCAAGUUGAUAUUAUUUGUUUUAUUGCUCGACCUUUGUGUCAAAUUUUAUAUUAAAAUGUGAGUCUUCCUCACUUAAUUUGCUUUAUUGCUCAACCUUUGUGUCCAAAAAACAUUCAGUGUAGAAAAAGUCCAUAAGGCUAUUAGUGAAAAAUAAGAGACAAGGCCAUGACAAAUUCAGAAAGAAUAAAAACACUAAAAGCUUUUGAUGAAACAAAAUUGGGUGUUAAAGGACUUGUUGAUGCAGGGAUUACCAAGAUCCCUCGUAUGUUCUAUCAUCCACCUGAUCACACCAACGAGUCCGGGGAUGCAACAAAUUAUACUAUUCCUUUUAUAGAUCUUGCUAACAUUGAUAAAGAUCCAUGUGUACGCAAAAGGGUUGUUGAAAGUGUUAGAGAUGCAUCGGAGACAUUUGGGUUUUUUCAGAUUGUAAAUCAUGGCAUCCCAGUGAGUACUUUGAAUGAAAUGAAAGAUGGGGUGGUAAGUUUUUUUGAGCAAGAUAGUGAGGUAAAAAAGGAAUUUUACACUCGCGAACAAAGACCCUUUAUGUAUAAUAGUAACUUUAAUCUAUACACCUCAGCUCCAACCAGUUGGAAAGAUACUUUCUUAUGCAACAUGGCUCCUAAUCCACCUAAACCAGAAGACCUGCCAGCCGUAAUCAGAGACAUCUUGGUGGAAUACUUGAACCAAGUAAUGAAACUAGGGACAAUAUUGCUCGAGUUACUAUCAGAAGCUCUUGGUCUAAAUCCAAGCUAUUUAAUAGAUAUUGGUUGUACGGAGAGCCUAUCUGCUUUCGGCCAUUACUAUCUGGCCUGCCCUGAACCCGAGUUAACUUUGGGAACCAUAAAACAUGCAGAUGUUGAUUUCAUCACGGUGCUUCUACAAGAUCAUACAGGUGGUCUCCAAGUUCUUCAUAAAGAUAUGUGGAUUGAUGUACCUCCUCUACAUGAGGCUCUUGUUGUUAAUAUCGGUGAUUUAUUGCAGCUUAUGACUAAUGACAAAUUCAAGAGUGCUCAACACAGGGUAAAGGCAAAUCUUGUAGGUCCAAGAGUCUCUAUUGGGAGCUUUUUUAGCACUAGUCUUCAUCCAUCUACAAGGAUUUAUGGUCCCAUAAAGGAACUAUUAUCUGAAGAGAACUCUGCAAAAUAUAGAGAAACUUUAAUAUCAGAUUGUAUAGUCUACUUCAAAUCAAAAGGCAUGAAUGGUAUUUCUCCUCUACAGCAUUUCAAGAUUUAAAUAGCACUAUGUCAGUUGAGAAUGGUUAAGGUAGCAUUUCAAGUUGGCAAGAAAUACCAUUCCCAACUUGGAUAGCAAAAUGUGAAAUGGUUAAGGUAGCAAAGAUUUGGUGAAAAAAAUAUCUGCCAAUUGGUCCUUGGAAGAUACUGGAAGUUGCUCGCGAUCCCAGUUUGCAACUUUUCUCAAACAAAAAUGUCAAUUGUUUUCUUAGUGUUUGGUUCUUUCAUGAUAGACCUGGUUUUCUGCAAUGUAUAAAGUUAUUUGAUUGACACAAUAAAUGAGAAGUAGUCGUGUGCAUUGAACUUGUAGGUUUCGUAAAAAAGUAUAGCAACCAUUGUAAAGAAUCCAGAACUGGUUUCCGUGUUGAUGAUCUUUUAGGAUUAGCUCCAAUCGGUAGUCCCAGAAAACAAAAGGGGACUUCGUUCACAUUACACAAAAGAAAAUUUGGUGAUGCUUCAACAAAAGACUCUUCCAAGUUCAAAGCCAUAAAGUUCACUCUUGAAAAAUAUCCACUGUAAGGUCAAAAACUAAUUCAAAACUCCUCACAAUUAUAUAGAUCUGAAUGAAAGAUCAGAAGCACUUACGAGUGGCUAGUUCAAAGAAGUUCAAAAUCAGAGUUCAAGACCAAUCUCAUCUAAAAAGUCAAAGAUCAAGUUUGAAGUUAGUUUGUUAAUUUCUUUUUGAGGGAAUGUGUUAUUACAUUAAUUGUUAUGUUGGUAUUUAUCUCUUGUAACAUUCCAGACAACUUUAAAUAUUGCCGAUUGACCACACAAACCAA